CGGAGGGAUUCCGAUGCAAAAACUUCGUCGUUGACCUGCGCAAUGGUGGGGAGCCCAUUUUGACUUUUUUUUCCUGUGCGACACGCAAUAAGAGUCGAUAACCCUCAUCACUCUACGUAAUAUCUUCUAUGCAAGUCACGGCGCGACGACUGCCAUCUCGCACGUCUCGGCGGUUGCUAUCGGCUCAGCCAGCUUUCCGCGCUCCUUCCUCUCGCCCUCGCCCUUUCACGUUUUCGUUGCCGAAUAUCGAGCAUUUGCAACUGACCGCGUUCAAUGGACAUAGCAAGCUAGUAGUCACUCCCCAGAAGACCAGAUAUUCGACCAUGUCCGACGCGAACAACCGCGUUUCGCUCAAGAAUUGCUGCAAUGAGAGCAAGUCUCCAUAUGUUCGCUCACAUGCCGACAAUCCGACUGCCUGGCAGCUAUGGACACCUCAGACCUUGGAGCUGGCCAAAACCACGAAUCGCUUGCUCUUCGUGAGCAUUGGCUAUAGUGCUUGUCAUUGGUGCCAUGUCAUGGCCCACGAGUCCUUCGACGAUCCUCGAAUCGCCCAGCUGUUGAACGAGCACUUCAUCCCUGUAAAGAUCGAUCGCGAAGAGCGACCAGAUAUCGACAGACAAUACAUGGACUUCCUACAGGCCACCAAUGGCGGCGGUGGUUGGCCAUUGAACGUCUUCGUUACACCAGACCUUGAGCCGAUCUUUGGAGGAACUUACUGGCCAGGACCCAAGAGUGAAAGAGCUAAGCAAGCUGGAGCAAGUUUUGAGGACAUUCUCUUGAAGGUCUCGACAGCUUGGAGGGAGCAGGAGGACAGAUGCAGACAGAGUGCAAAAGAGAUUACAAGACAAUUGAGGGAAUUCGCGCAAGAAGGAAGCAUUGGUGGGAAAGAUGGUCAUCGAACAGACGACCACGAUGAGCUGGAGUUGGACUUGCUCGAUGAUGCAUUUCAACACUACAAGAUGCGAUAUGACGAUAAGCAUGGUGGUUUCGGGAGCGCGCCCAAGUUCCCCACGCCAGUCCAUCUCAGACCUCUCUUACGAAUAGCAUCAUACCCUGCUACAGUACGUGAAAUUGUGGGCGAGGAAGAAUGUGUCGAAGCUCGUGGUAUGGCUCUCAAGAGUCUGGAGAAGAUGGCCAAAGGAGGAAUCAAGGACCAGAUCGGCCACGGCUUUGCACGUUACAGCGUUACGCGAGACUGGAGUCUUCCUCAUUUCGAAAAAAUGCUUUACGACAACGCUCAACUACUUCCAGUCUAUCUCGAUGCAUACCUCUUGACUAAGUCACCACUAUUUCUCGAGACAGUCCACGACAUCGCUACCUAUCUCACCAGCCCGCCUAUGCAAUCUGAACUUGGGGGAAUUCAUUCUGCCGAAGACGCCGACUCACUGCCCAGUGCUAACGCAACUCACAAGAGCGAAGGCGCGUUCUACGUUUGGACUAUGGAGGAAUUCAAGACACUGCUUAGUGAAGAUGAGCUCAAUGUUUGUGCCAAGUAUUGGAAUGUGAAGGAGGAGGGCAAUGUUGAUCGCCGACACGAUGCUCAAGGUGAAUUGGUAAAGCAGAACACCUUGUGCGUGUCAUACGAAAUCGCGGACUUGGCCAAGGACCUCAGUCUCACCGCAGAGGUGGUAAAGCAAACCAUCGAAAAUGGAAGAACGAAAUUGCUCGCGUAUCGCGACGAGCAUCGUCCACGUCCAGCACUCGACGACAAGAUCGUGACUUCAUGGAAUGGACUGGCUAUCGGCGGUCUUGCUCGAGCAAGCGCUGCCCUGCAGGAAACAUCUCCCGAAGCAUCUGCGACCUGGCUCUCGGCAGCGAAGAAGGCCGCAUCCUGUAUCGAGAAACAUCUCUUCGAUCCCCAAAGUGGCCUUCUCCGCAGAGUCUACCGCGAAGGUCCAGGAGAAACUCAAGGAUUCGCAGACGACUAUGCCUUCUUCAUCUCCGGACUGCUGGACCUUUACGAGACCACGUUUGACAGCAACUUUCUCAAGUUUGCCGAUACUUUGCAAAUAAGUCAGAACAAGCUGUUUUGGGAUGAUGUCAAAUACGGCUUCUUCUCUACGCCAGCCAAUCAACCUGAUAUCCUCAUCAGAACCAAAGAUGCUAUGGACAAUGCCGAGCCAAGCGUCAACGGCGUUAGCGCGAGCAACCUGUUCCGUCUCGGCUCUCUACUCAAUGACGAAAACUACACAAAGAUGGCACGCAGGACAGUCGCUUGUUUCGAAGUAGAAAUAGAACAGCACCCUGGCCUCUUCUCUGGAAUCUUAUCCAGCGUCGUGGCUACCAGACUCGGCGCUAAGAGCGUCAUGGUCGUUGGCGAUGGAGAAGCUGCUCGAGCUGUCUUGAAGAAUGCGCGAGAGAAAAUCCGACCUAAUUAUUCGGUUUUGAGAAUUGGAGGUGGGGCUAAUAGUGAAUGGCUCAGGACUAGGAAUGAACUUGUGAAAGACUUGGAUGAGACGAGAGAGAUGGUGCAGAUUUGCGAGGGCCAGACUUGCAGAUUGUUGAAUUUGCGGCAGAUUGAGGAGGAGCUGUUUCAAUGUUGUUGGUUGAGUGAUGAUUGAUGACGUGGCUGGUAGUGGUAGUCGCGGACAGAUGUGCUUUUUUGUUGUCAUUGGAUGAUGGCGACGCAUAGAUAUCAGCACGGAUGCGCAGAUGCAUACGGAUUAGGAAUGGAACGAAAUGAAAUGGAACGGAA